AUGUCGUCUCAGCUGCCCAAGCCCAUCUCCACCUCUUCCCCACCUGCCCUUCAACCCAUUGUUGCCCGUAGAAUUUGUCCUUCCACUGGGAAGAAAUCAAACAGGGCAAACAAGAUUUCCUUCUCAGCUCACAAGACUAAAAAGUUGCAGUUUGUGAACCUACAAUACAAGAGGGUUUGUUGGGAAGCUGGGAAGCGCUUUCUUAAACUAAGCAUUGAAAACGAUAGAGAAAAACGAAAUUGA